CUGGGCUGUAACAGUUUGAAGACUAUCUAUGCUCUACAUCGCCUUGGAGAAAUCAGGAACUAAAGAUACAUCUAAGGAAAGAGCUCACCUUAGAAUUCUUGAGGGAAAGUAUGAAAACUGAUUAAGGUCUUUUUUUUAUUCUGGGCUUAAUCACUGCAAAGGGUCUUCAAGGAAUCCCAGGAAUUUUGUUUCACUUUUUAAUUUUUUUCUUUUGUUUGAUGUCUUUUCAAAAAGCCGGAUAACUCAAAUUAGAACAUUAGUUCACGAAGAAGUUGGCUGAAUGUUGCAGGCUUGCAAAAUGGAAGGCUUUUCCCUCAUUUCCCCUCCCUCUGAAGACCUGGUAUCUUAUGAAUCAGACCUCUACAGACAGUCCCAUGACAGUUACCAGUAUCUCAACAGUGAUGCAGACAGUCAUGGUGCAGGUGAACUGCUUUUAUCUCCGUCAGAUCACUAUUGGGAAUAUCAUCCCCAUCAUCUGCACACCGAAUUUGAGAGCUUUGGAGACAAUCACUUUGCAGAGCUCCAAAGUGUACAGCCACCACAGCUCCAGCAGCUCUACCGGCAUAUGGAGAUAGAACAGAUGCACGUUCUGGAUUCUGGGAUCCCUGUCACACAUCUUGGACUCAACCACAACCAUCAGGUUGCUUUUGUGCCUCGCAUGUGUGUGUAUCCCUCUCAUCAGCGCAGUUCUGAUGAAGAAGAUCUAGAGAGGCAGAGUCCACCCUUGGAAGUAUCAGAUGGAGAGACUGAGGUUGGGGAACCCACUCCUGGGAUUAUGAAUGGAGAAUCAGGUAGUAAGAAGAAAAUCCGAUUGUACCAAUUUCUUCUUGAUCUGCUUCGGAGCGGAGAUAUGAAGGAUAGCAUCUGGUGGGUGGAUAAGGAAAAAGGCACAUUCCAGUUCUCCUCUAAGCACAAAGAAGCACUGGCUCACCGCUGGGGCAUUCAGAAAGGCAACCGCAAGAAAAUGACCUAUCAGAAGAUGGCACGGGCAUUGAGAAAUUAUGGGAAGACUGGGGAGGUCAAGAAAGUCAAGAAGAAGCUUACAUAUCAGUUUAGUGGUGAGGUGAUGGGAAGGAGCAGCAUUGAUAGAAAAAACUAUCCUCUCUGAAUGAGAAUCCCGAAUCCCCCAAAAGCCAAAUCGUAGAGACAAAUAUGGGUUGGACUUUGCAACAGAGUUCGUAUAUCGUCUUCUAUUAUGCUUCCCAGGCCCUCAUUCUUACCUUAUCGAGGCUUUCAACAACCAUCUUCUCUGGUACGAAUUCCCUUUUCAGCUUUGACAUUCCUACAGGUUAUUUUUGCAUCUAUACAACAAGCUGGACACAGUAGGGAUUUUUUUUAAAAGAGAAAGAAAUGUAUAGGUAUGUUCUUUUCAGAUAAUAUUUGCUGUAAUUAAAACACAUAGCCAAUGAAGUGUUUUUCUUUCACAGACAGUACUAGUUCACCUUCAAAGACUGCCUUAGCCUACAGCUUUUAAAUUAGCAUUAAUAAAGACUCUGCUGUAUUUCUCCAUGGCUAGAGAGAAAACUGCAGACCGUGGAAACAUCUUUUCCAUGUGCAAGUAUUAAUAACAUUAAAUAUUUAAUAAAAUAAGGUAUAAUGAAA